AUGGCAGGGAACUCGCCUCCGGUGUACAAAUCACGAGCACCAGCAAUCAAUCCGUUUGACAAACUAAACCAAAAUCAAUUCGAUUCAUAUGUCUCAAGCAUUCAAGCAAAGAUUAAGGUUGCGUUGGAUCCACCAUCUCCAGAGCCUCAGCAUGUCUCCCGAACCUUCGCGGAGAUUUCACGUUCCACCAUAGCAUCUCCUGCCCCAUUAGCCACAUAUACACCACUGGGCGCCGGAACACCGAACGAGCCCUAUGAGCUUUCUGAUAACGAUAGUGAUGACGAACUUAUACAAGAAGCCCAGUCCCCUCGUCUACGAUCCCAUUCUGAAGCACCAUACGAAGAGGAAGAGGCGGAACCACUGGGGUCAAUUCAAGAAGCAAGCGAGGAUGAUGGGGACGAAACCGAAGGCGAACAACAGAGUACCAAUGCUGAUCUUUACGGACAAGAACCCAACGAAGGUGCCUGGGAUUACUCUGGGGAAGAUGCCUCCGAACAAGACGAAUUUUCCGAGGCUGAGGAUGUAGAAGAAAACGAAGAGGAGGAUGUGUUUGUAGGAAAAGGAAAAGGGAGGCAUCCUGCCGAGGGCCCUGGGCUCGCUGGGCUGUUGAGCAGUUCGAGCGCCCACCACGCAAGCGUUGCGCCCGGGUCACCAGAGCGGAUGAGCGACUCCAUAUCUCCAGAUAAUAGUUUCGAAGCUGGCGUUGCACGAAUGCCCAUAUUGGGCACAACCUCGACUCCGUUCGUUUCCAAGUUUGCCACCCGCCGCUCCGCCCGCAACAUGGAGUAUAUAGACGAUAACGAAGACGAUGGGUCUCCACCAUGGGAGGAUAUCGGCGACGAGGAGGCGGCGUUCGGAGAGCUGGGUGCCACUGGUACCGACCAUGACACCGCCAUCGAGCCGCCUUUGGCACGUCUCUCUGGCGCCAGGAUCCCUGAUGGACUCUACGAUGACUUGGGUGUGGCCUACCCAGGUCUUGACGAGCCUCAAUUCAAUGAUUCAGCUGCAUUUCCUCAUCGUACGUUUGAACCUGACAGCUUGUUGGAUGAUACUAUGGACGACCACGGUUUGGCAAUGCCUGGUAAUGUCUUACCCAAACAAUCCAGCUUAUUUACCGGCUCCAGUACCGACCGGACCCGCGAGCCAUCGGAGUCUAGGGACGUUGAGGAGAGCGCAGAUACGGCACAUGCAUCGUUCGAUUCAACAAAGCAUGGACUAUUCGAUUUUAUUGGCGAAAAAUCCCUGCUUGCGAACCAGCUCGAUAAUUCUCUGACAAGAACUCAGGUCGAGGAGAACUUUCUUGAAGUCACGGUCUACGAGCUAGAAAAUGGUUCGCGGUUCUAUGAUCAUGACGGCAUGCGUCAUUUCCUAAAUCCCGAGGGAGAGGUUUAUGAGACCUGUCCCAUUCCACCUUCGAGGCCGACUAUCCAACGGCCUCCUGACCUUAGUAUGAUUGAAGAGGUCACCGAGUAUGACAUGACAAGACGAAUGAUUGGGCACGACACAUACGACGACGGUCAUGCCCCAGAUCGUUUCGAUUUCCUAAAGGGGCUGGAUGAUACAAUGUCUUCCGUGGGUGGGCCAAUAUCACAUUAUCAUCGAGAUGAUAACGCGAGCGGCACGUUCGAUAUGGAGGACAUCCCUCAACGUCCCGGUGCUGCGAUGGGUUUCCGAGCCCGAAUCGUACGGGGAGCGGAUGGGAGUGCAUUCCUAUCUGAGAGCUUGGUGCUCGAGGAUUCCAUCAACGAAAGCCUACCUACAGAACGUGCAAAUCCGCUCAGGGACCUCAUUAGUGAAGCAGACGAUCUAAUUAACGACGAGGACGAGGGUAGUAGUCGAGAUAGGAGCGGGAUGUCUGCUCUGGCUAAUCGUGAAGACCUCACCACCCCGGUACCACAUCGGCAGGCGCAAUUUAUCGAGGACCAACCCACAAAAGAAGGGAUGGAUAUAUCUAUUGCACAAGAUCUCCCAGUGUUGGAUGAGAAGAGUGUGGCGGACGCCUUGGCGGCCGUGGCGCAAUUUGCACAAGCAUCAUCGUUUGGGAACAUGGAUAUCGUGAGCGAGGUUCCAGAAACCGAUGUUAGCAUGCUCGCCAAUUCCGAGUAUGGUGCUCUCAGCCAGGAUGCUGACGGGCUAGAAAAUUUGAUGAACACAACAACGAGCAUGACUUCGGCUGAGGAGGAUAUUUUGGCACGCUCGUUCGGUUUGGUAGAUGCUCUACAGAACACAGCUGGCCCUGCUGCCAAAUCAAGAAACGACGGUGCAGAGCAGUGUCCUGGACGAAAGAAUCCAGGUCCCGCAUAUCGACUUGAUACCAAUGGGGACCGAGAAACUUGCCUCGAAGUGUUAGCUGAAGUCUUUGAGGGUGUAAAUUCCCUUGUUGUGCCUAGCGGGACUGCUACUAGUACCGCUACUCCCUCGGAAGCUCCCUUUUCAGAAAUCGGUAAUACGACCAUGGAAAUUCAGGAGGUAUCGCCUCAUCGGACUCCAACUCCAACGCUCUCGACUGGCCAAUCCCUCACUGCUCCUGAGAUGUCGAUUGCAACGUCUAUAUCUGGGCCUCAGCUCAAUAUUUCUAUCUAUGAUGGCUCUCCCGCUCGUCUUCAAAUCAAGACAUGGCCCAUGCCAUUCCUCCAGAAAACCCAUCGUGAACUCAGUCCAAGUGUAGUAGUGGAGCCGCCUACUCCACAUACCAGGAGCGAGGACGACGCAGAACAUGUGGUACAAGACUCCAAGCUGAAGAAUGAUACGAAGGCGGCUGAAACUGAAAUAGAUGAUUUGGCGCCAGUUAAUCCAGGCCAGACUUCCGAUCCAGAAGAUACAGCUAGUGUGGAUGAAUUAUUGUCAGAUGGUGAAAAUACUGAAACGGAUAGGUCGCAUCGUGUAGGCGACAGUAGCGGCGAGACGUUCGGGCAGAGUGAGGCCAAGCAACACCCACACCCGAUAAGCAGCGCAUGA